AUGUCAGAAAAGGCAAAGCCUGAGAUGGUGGUACACUGGAACCAUAUCCAAUUUGGUAUAAAAUGUGUUGUGUCCCUUUCUGGAAAGGAAAUACUGAUCCAUCAUCCUUACACAAACAGGCAGCUGCUUUUCUCCUAUGACUGUUGUUUUGGGUCUCAGAAUCCAGAGGAUAAGGGAUAUGCCCGUCAAGAAGUAGUGUACGGUCUGUUGGCCCAGCCACUUCUAGACGGCUUUGAAGGUUACAAUACUUGCUUAUUUGCUUAUGGACAAACUGGAUCUGGGAAAUCUUACACAAUGACAGGCUAUGCUGAUGAGGUGGGCAUAAUUCCACGAUUUUGCAAGGAAAUAUUCUGGAAAGUAAAUCUGACUCAACAAGAGGAGUAUUUGCAAAUGCAUUCUUCUCCCUUAUUCCAACAAGUGAAACAUCACAUUGAGUUGAGUUACUCUGAGGUAUACAGUGAGCGGAUACAUGAUCUCUUAACAUCAUCCGAAGAUGUUAAUGCCAAGAAGAAAGCUCGACUGAAAGUACGAGAAUAUCCAAUCCUUGGUCCUUAUGUAACCGGCCUGUCUAUGUAUGUGGUUGGCUCUUUUGCAGAUGUUCAGACCUGGCUGGAACUUGGAAACAAGCAGCGAGCCACAGCAGCCACUAGCAUGAAUGAGAGAUGCUCCCCCUCUCACUGUGUUCAAACUGAGAUAACACCUGGAGGAGAAGCACGUGCUCACGUGGUGGUGAGCCACGUGAAUUUGGUGGACCUCUCAGGAAGUGAGCGUUACAAUUUAGCACAAACCAGUGGGCUGAGAACAAAGGAAGGUGCUAGUAUCAACAAGUCCCUGCUUACCCUCGGGAAGGUGAUCUCUGCACUAUCUGAAAUGUCCCUAUUCAAGAGAAAGUGCUUCAUCCCUUACAGAGACUUGGUCUUAACCUGGCUUCUUAGAGAGAGCCUUGGUGGUAACUCUAAGAUAGCCAUCAUCAGCCCAACCACUGCACACGUCAAGGAAACUCUGAGCAUGCUGCCCUACACCAGUCAAGCUUGCAGCAUCAUUAAUGUGGCCAAGGUCAAUGAGGAUUCCAGUGCAGUGCUGAUCAGAGGUAUGGUGCUGAGAAGCCUGAGAUUGAGAGCUGCCCAGCAGUGCGGUCAAGGGAUUGAUGUGCUGAAAUAUGAAGUCAGUCUCCAAGAAAUCCAGUGUCUGAAAGAAGAAAAGGAGCUGAAGACUUGUUCUAGGUCCUGGCAGGAGAAGCUGGCUUUAGCGGAACACCACAAGACGGAAGAGGAGCAAGAACUGCAGAAAGCUGGAGUGUGCUUUAAAGUUGACAACCAUCUACCAAACCUAGUAAAUCUAAACGAAGAUCCACCACUGUCAGAGAUGCUUCUCUAUAUCAUCAAAGAGGGAGAAACCUCAGUGGGGAGUCUUCAUCCAGACUCUGAGCAUGACAUCCAUCUGACAGGUGCACUCAUUUCAGAGGACCACUGUCCCAUCACCAAUGAGCAAGGAGUGGUCAUCUUAAGUCCUAUCCCGGAUGCCAGGACAUUUGUGAAUGGAAACCUCCUAGUUGAGGCAGUCACCCUACACCAUGGGGACAGAGUGAUUCUUGGUGGGAACCAUUACUUCAGAUUCAAUCACCCAAUGGAGGUCAAGAAUGGGCGCCGUGCCUCUUUGAUGCCAGCAGGGGGAGCUGAUGGGCUGAGGGACUUUGAAUUUGCUAAAAAUGAGCUAGUUGAAGCUCAGAAGCAGAGAAUUGAAAUAGAGGUGGAGGAAGCCAGACUGCAGGCACAGAAGGAAAUGAUGGAAGAGCUUCAGAUGGCCAAGGAGCUGGCUCAGCAGGAGCUAUGGGCUCAAAGGAGGCUUUAUGAGAAUAACAUCAAACAGCUGGAAGAACAGCUGGGAGAAGAAGAAAUGAACAAGAAAUUUCUGAGUACAAGGAAGGCUGCUGAAGAGCUACUUGUGCAGCUGCCGGCCCUCACUCAGGCUCAGGAUACCCAGCAAAAAUGCAGCAUGUUCCUGGAGCUCCUUGAGCAGGAAAAAGAGAAGCUAGCUCAGGAGAUGGAGCUGCUACAGCGACGCAUGCCACCAAAGAGCAGGAAAGGAAGAUUGUGUCCACGGAGAACCAAGCUCAGUGGACAGCCCUCCAGCUUUCUAUAA